AUGCAAAUGCUUUAUAUUCGGCUGCAUCAAAACAAAACCAAUUGGAUGUUGUUUGUUGAUAAAGAUUUUCAAAAACUAGAUAAAUUGUUAAAAUCAGAUAAAAAUCUAAAAGAUUUGUUACGAAAUCCAAUAUUAUCAAGAGAACAACGUGAGUGUCAAAUUCGACAAUAUGUUUGUUUAUCCAUGGUGCAUGAAAUUGUUACGCAAGAGAAGCUCUCUGACAUUACCAAAUCCACAUUAGAAUUGCUGAUUGGUAAUAGCCGUGAAAAACGUCUGAGUAAUUUUAUUCAAGUGAUGAAUCGUCUAAUGGUUUCACAUCAUCGUGAGUUGUUGUGUCGUGUUAUUAUGGCCAAAGAAUUGAAUGAUCGAACACGUAAAGAAUUAGAUUCAAUAUUACAAACAUUUGCACAAAAAGGUGAAAAACUAAAUAUAGAAACAUUUGUGAAUUCUGGCGGUAUGGUUGUGGAAAUUGGUGAUAAAUAUAUUGAUAUGAGUAUACAGACAAAACUAAAACAAUAUACAGACGUAUUAAAUACAAAUAUUUAG